AUUGAAUGUAUCAUAUUGAAUCACUAUCAUUGACCUAAUUUAAAAGUUACAUGGAUGAAGUUAAAGGAUAAUGUAAUAUUCAUUGAUGAAAUUCAUGAUUGGUUUAUCUCUCACUAAAACAAUAUUAAGUUCAUGUUUACAUAUUUCAUAAUCGAUAAUAUUAGCAUAAUUAAAGAUGGCAAUAUUGUUAUAGGAAUUAGCAGUGAUUUAAUUGUUAAAGUAUUUACAUUUCAAGUAAUACGUUGUAAAGUUCGAACCUUUCACUAUGUACUCCAUUUCGGACAACAGAGUAUCAGUGCUAAUCAUCACAAAAACACUGUGAUUAGAAGUAAGAUAAAUAAACCGAUAACUAGUAAAUCAGUUACAUUACACGCUAAAACGUAGAUAUCUAAUUUCAUGUCAUCGUAUAAUCUGUUUCCUAUUGUUUUCUUUCACAGUUAUGUUUUGAUGUAUGUUUAUAGCCGUAUCAACAUAACUUAAAAUUUCACUUUAGUAAUGGCAAUGUAAAUAAUCAAUAUUGUUGUUUUUGCCACGUUUAUACAGAAACAUGUUGCAUACGUCUUUUGGCUUAAUGUGUGAAAGUAUAAGUGAUGACAGUUCGCAUAUACCUGAAUGUACCAACUGGAACAAUAUAAAUGCUAGAACAUAUCCAAAUAAAGAUGGAAUAGGAAAUUCAUAGAUACUUUCAAACCAAAAACAUAAUUAUUUACUAAUCCCAUUAACAUUCCUGACAGUUGUAUUUUUCUUUACAUGGUUUCCCACAAUUUUAAACUUCACCAAAAGCAAUUUUUUGCAUGACACUGACUCAGUUUGAAUCUAUGUCUUCGGCUUAAAUCUUCAGUUUGAUUGUAUAGAAAAUGUUGAUAUAACCGACCUGACAGGAUAAAGUCAUCGAAAUAGUUCGAGUCCAAUGCUCUCAAGCUUAUUGUGCAGUUAUUUCUAUGCUACUAAUCUACACCUAUCAAAAUUUCUCUCUUAUUGGUUAUUUCUUUACUGUGAAGCAAUCAAACCAUCAUUUAUUAAUUAUCAUAAUUAUCUAGUUCGAAUCCAUAAGUUAUUUGCUCAUAUAACUACUGUUUACAUUUUUUCUAGAUGUCGUCUUAUAUAUGAUUGUAAUGCAACGUGCACGAGCCUUGAAUAUAUUUAAAAAACUUCACCGUACAUGUGAAAAUGUAUUUAAAGCUGAUAUCGAAACACUACAAGCCGCCAGAGAAAAGAUUAAUUCGGAGUUUCGAGCUAAUCGAAAUGAAACAGAUACUGAAAAAAUAAACGAAUUAUUGAAAAAUGCAGAAGAUUGCGAAACGUUAAUACGAACAGCAGUUAUUCAAAUGGAACUCGUCGAUGCUGAGAAAAAUGUUUAUAGAAUGAAUCUACGUGAAGAUUUAGCAUAUCAAGAUAAUGAACAUUGUGUUAAAGAUAAAUAA